GCGCGGUGCGUAAACUGUCACAGUCGUAAAAAUGCUCGCCAGCAAGCCCGCCCUUCGCCGCGAGGUGGUCAGCACCGUCAGCGCGCUGCCUUGCGCAACCAUGGUGCGGUCCGUCGCCCGCUGCCCGAGCGACAGGCUGGUCGCAUCGUUCGCGGUCGCCUCGGGGCCCAAGGUUCUGGCGAGGCGCCACGUUCUGGUUCAGGCGCAGGCUGGCACCAAGACUGGCCCGCCUGCUACAACGACCGAGGAGGAGUACAUUGAGCUUGACCUGCCGAAGCCCCUGGGCUUCAAGUUCGCGCGCGGCAACGAUGGCGGCGCUUAUAUCAUCGAUGUGAACCCAAAGCUGGGCAACGUCGACGCCCGUGUACAGCCCGGCGACAAAAUUGUGUUGAUCAGCGCGUCCUUCGGCUCGGAGGUGUGGAAGGCUGAGAACUUCGGUCAGAUCAUGUACGCCAUCCGCACCCGCAGCGGCACUGUGUACAUGAAGCUGAAGCGCAACUUUGGCGACCUCAGCGCGCUGGAGGAGGAUGGCGUGGACGCGGCGGAGAAGAUGUGGAAGAAGGAGCGCGCUGGCGGCAACUACGGCGCGGGCACUAAGGAGAUUCAGGCGCGCAACUACGUGCAGCGCAAGGAGAACGAGCGCAAGCGGCGGGAGAUGUUUGACGAUGCGCUGGCCAAGUUCAAGGAGAACGACAUCCAGGGCGCCCUGGUGGAGUUUGAGAACAUCAUUGCCAUGGAGCCACGCAACUACGUUGGGGACAACUUUUCACGCAACACGCCCAUUUAUAAAGUUGCGCAGUACAACAUUGCUUGCUGCUACAGCAUGCUUGACCAGGUUGAGGAGGCGCUCAAGUCGUUGGACUCCGCGAUGUCUUCUGGCUUUGACAACUUUGACCAGAUUCGCCGGGACAAGAACCUGGUCAAGGUGCGCGCCAGCCCCAAGUUCCAGCAGCUGAUUGACAAGUACGAUGAGCCGGUCGUGAACUGGAACGCUGUCAAGGCUACCUUUGGUGCAUUUGGGGGGCUGUUCGGUGGCAAGAAGGAUGAGUGAAGGAUAGUUUUGCACUUGGACUUUCAAAGGCCAGGGGGAAUCUGGCCGACCGCUGUCGUCGACUGCGAAAACCUAUGGCGCCAUCAGCUCGUAUUGCAUCCCCUGAGACAAUUUUUGUGAUGCAUGAUGAUGAUGAUGCCGCUGAAAGUUGGCAGGUGGCAGCUGGUCCUGCACGCCUCGGGUGGCCAUGUUUUUUAUGCAACGGGAAUGCAGAGCUUUUGCACUCCUUGCGGUCGCCGUUUGUGAGAAGGGCUGCGGAAGCUGGGUGGGCCUGCAGGGCGGGUGUACGACUGGGUCAAGUUCUGACGUAAGGUGUGUAGAUCUUGCAUGCGGCUUGACUUGAGCCACCUCUAGGCUAUGGCUGGAUUUGGAAAGUUCGACCAGGGGCCAGGUGUGUUCGGGUCACAACGGUCGUCCCGCUUGCCGAGACCUCGCGAUUUUGGUUGGAUAUGGUCCAUUGCAAAUUUGCUCGAGGUUUGCAAAUGGAGUGGUGACAGAUAAAUAGAUAGGAUAAAGGAAAGGAAAUUUCCUGCGCCAUCGUGAGGCGUCCUCUGUUUCAUCCUAUUUAGUGUUAAGCCAUUUGCACACAAGAGAAGUGUGAGGCAAGCAAUACUUUCGCUUGUAAGAUGAUGUUGUGAAGCCGGGUGCAAUUACUGCAGUGUAACUGGUCAACGGUC